ACAGUCAUCACUCGUCUUCGCUCGCUUUGCUAUAGCGCGUCCCUUCCUGAGCUUACCAGCUAAGUUUUGUAUACAGUUUCCGUUUUUGCGAGACACCGCGAUAUGGCUCAGGGAAGGGGCAGUGCUGCUCGUGGCAACACCACCGUCGUGCUGGCGCUGGUCCUCCUCUGCGUGCUCCUCCACGGCGAGUUCGCCGAGUCGGCGGUGUACACGGUCGGCGACCGCGGCGGGUGGAGCUUUAACUCCGGCGGAUGGCCCAGGGGCAAGCGCUUCCGAGCCGGCGACGUUCUCGUGUUCAGGUACAGCCCGAAGGCGCACAACGUGGUGGCGGUGAGCGCGGCGGGGUACAAAUCGUGCAGCACGCCGAGGGGCGCCAGGGUGCUCACCACCGGGAACGACCGCGUCACGCUGAGGCGCGGCACCAACUACUUCAUCUGCGGCAUCCCCGGACACUGCCAGGCCGGCAUGAAGAUCGCCGUCACCGCCGCCUGAUCGGAUCAGCCGGCGUCGGCGGCAGCACCGCGCGGGCGGGUGGGCGAUCUAGCUUUCCUCCAACGCCCGAAGUCGUAGUUAAUCGAUCAAACGGUGCCUGUUGCUCAAUAAUCCCGUAUUCCCUUGUCGUCGCGUACGUGCGUGUUAGUAGUUAGGUCUGACAGAUUGGCACUAUGGAGAACAGAGUAAUGUACUGAUGUGGGUGUGUUGAUGUGAGGAACCGAAUAAAAACCAUGCAGCUGCCUUGCUUCGGCUGUAUGUACUACUACCAUGUGUUUCAUUUGACGUGUGUAAUACGACAGGUUUAUGCUUUGUUUGGGCGAAACCUUGGCGAUUCA